AUGUUCUUUGGAAUUGCCUUAGUUGCUAUUCCACCAGCAUCAGUAGAUUCUCAGGAAGUCCUACAGACAUCCCUAGUGGAGAAAUCAUGUCCAUGGGAUGUUAAGGUAUCAGUUCAGAUGUCCAGGGAGAUGAUCCUGGGAAGUGCAUAUGUGUCUCUUUCCCAGUUGAAGCAGGAUCUCCUCACUUCCUACUUCCUUUGUUCCCAACGUGGCCUCAUCCGUUCUGCCCAAUGGGCUGGAGAACUGUUGCACUGCCUGAAGGAUAAGGAGUUGACCAUUUCUCAAUGCCCAUCCUUGACAACCCAAUGUGACCCAGAUCUCCCAGCCUACCUCCUGGCCAGAACAUACCUUGACCUUCAGGAAUAUGACAGGGCGGCAUUUAUCCUGAAAGAGAGUCGUCCUGGGAAGAAUGAGUUCCUGUAUUACUACUCCAAAUACCUUGCAGCAGAGAAGCGACGACUGGACGGCAUGACUGACCCCAUAGAUGCACGGACUAAACUGCCUUUGUCAGAGCUUCAAGAACUGGAGGUGGAGCUGGGGGAGCGGCUGAAGGGAACCAAAGGGGAAGAGGAAAAGGAGGAGGAAGAGCAGGGGUUCCUGCAUUAUGUGUAUGGGAUAGUGUUGAAGAAACUAGACCUGAAUCUCAUGGCUGUGGUGAAUCUGCAGAAAGCAGUGAAGGCCCAGCCAUUACACUGGGGAGCCUGGAUGGAACUUGCUUCCCUUGUCAAUGACCGAUCCACUUUGCAAGGCUUGGAGCUGCCUGAACAUUGGGUGCGAGAUUUCUUCCAUGCACAUGUUCUUCUGGAGCUGCAGUUGAAUAGAGAUGCCUUGGAGCUUUUGAGUCAACUAAAGGAGACACUGUGGGAUGGGGCCCUCAAGGACUCCUCCUAUCUCAUUGCCCAGGUGGCUUUAUCACACUACAACAUGCGAUUGAUGGAGGGAGCGAUAGAGGGGUUCCAGUGCCUGCGGGAAAGAGACCCUUGGAGACUGGAGAACCUGGAGACAUAUUCUAACCUCCUUUAUGUGAAAGAAAUGCGUCCUGAACUUGCCCUCCUUGCCCACCAGGCUGUCCGCAUAGACAAGUACCGCACUGAAACCCAGGUCAUCAUUGGGAACUACUACAGCUUGAGAGCAGAGCACGAGAAGGCUGUGCUGUACUUCCAGCGUGCUUUAAAGCUGAACCCAAAUUACCUAUCUGCAUGGACACUCAUGGGUCAUGAAUAUCUUGAGAUGAAGAACUCUAAUGCUGCCAUCCAGUGCUAUCGUCAGGCUGUCUCGGUGAACCCACGGGACUUCCGAGCAUGGUAUGGGCUGGGCCAGACAUAUGAGCUGCUCAAGAUGUACUUGUAUGCACUGUAUUACUUCAAGCAGGCACAGUGGUUGCGCCCACAGGAUGCCCGCAUGCUUAUGGCUCUUGGUGAAUGCUAUGAGAAGCUCAAUAAGUUACAAUAUGCCAAGGUGUAUUAUGCUCGUGCCCACCGUGUAGGUGAUGCUGAGGGCAUGGCACUGUUCAGACUUGCCAAAAUCCAUGAGCAGCUGAAGGAGACUGAGUUGGCAGCAAAGGUGUAUCAACAGUACCUGGCCAGCCUGGGAGAGGGGGCUGAGCUGAAUGAGGAGGGAGGGUUCAUCCACCGUUUCCUUGCCCAACACUUCCUUGAAAAAGGUGGCCUGGACCUUGCAAUGCACCAUGCCCAGCUUGCCUCCAACUUCCCUCUUAAUAUUGAUAUUAAGUAUUGCUUGACAUCUGAAUCCAAUAUCCACUGUCUUCCAGGUGGUCUACCAUCCAUGCAGCAACAACAUUUGUCAAGUGCAGCAGCUGCUGCUGAUGCCAUUACUGAUGGAUCUGCAACACAGCUUGUCAUGAAAACCAGCAGCAUCCAUCAGCUGAAUACUAUAAAUCUUGCUGAACUGGCCCACAGAGAAUACCAAGCUGGGGACUAUGAGAAUGCUGAACGCCAUUGCAUUCAGUUGUGGAAACAAGAGCCAACAAAUACAGGCGUGCUCUUGCUCCUGAGUUCCAUUCAUUUUCAAUGCAAACGCUUGGAUAAGUCUGCACACUUCAGCAUGAUGGCAAUCAAACAAAAUCCCAUGCUGGCUGAAGCCUAUUCAAAUCUUGGGAAUGUUUACAAGGAAAAGGGAGGAUUGCAAGAAGCUCUAGAAAACUAUCGGCAUGCCAUUCGGUUGAAGCCGGAUUUCAUAGAUGGAUAUAUCAACCUGGCAGCUGCUCUUGUAUCUGCCGGUGAUCUAGAAGGUGCCGUCCAGGCAUAUGUCUCUGCUCUACAGUAUAAUCCUGAUCUUUACUGUGUGAGAAGUGACUUGGGGAACCUAUUGAAAGCACUAGGAAGACUUGAUGAGGCAAAGGCCUACAGUGCAGGAGGAUGCUUCUUCCUUGAGGCCACCAUGCAGCAGCUCAAUGCCCACCUCUGGGUAUCAGGGGUUUGUAGCAGUCCUCCGGCCUGCUACUUGAAAGCCAUCGAAACACGUCCUGAUUUUGCUGUGGCAUGGAGCAACCUGGGGUGUGUCUUCAAUGCUCAAGGGGAGAUUUGGCUUGCCAUUCAUCACUUUGAGAAAGCAGUUGCUUUGGAUCCCAACUUCCUUGAUGCCUACAUAAACUUGGGCAAUGUCCUUAAGGAAGCACGCAUCUUUGAUCGUCAGUACCUCGUCCUCAUGGAUUAUCAGUGUAUCGUGGUUUACACGAUCGUGACGAUCCUUCCCCCCCCUCCUCUGGACCAUCACGAUCGCCUCCAUUCCGGCUGCUGUGGCUGUCUCAAAUCCAUCUUCAAAGCGGCUGUGGCUGCAUAUCUGCGAGCCUUGAAUCUCAGUCCCAAUCAUGCUGUUGUGCAUGGAAAUCUUGCCUGUGUCUACUAUGAGCAAGGGCUCAUCGACUUGGCAAUCGACACAUAUCGAAGGGCAAUUGAACUUCAGCCAAAUUUCCCAGAUGCAUACUGCAACUUAGCUAAUGCACUCAAGGAGAAAGGGCAGGUUUUGGAGGCAGAAGAGUGCUACAACACAGCACUUCGACUCUGCCCCAACCAUGCUGACUCCUUGAACAACUUGGCCAACAUCAAGAGAGAACAGGGAUUGAUUGAAGAAGCAACUCGCCUCUAUGUCAAAGCCCUUGAGGUCUUCCCUGAGUUUGCUGCUGCUCAUUCCAAUUUGGCAUCUGUCCUUCAGCAGCAGGGAAAGCUCAAUGAAGCCCUCAUGCACUACAAGGAGGCCAUCAGUGCACUCAUGGACAUACUCAUUGAGACUUCUCUCACCACCUCUGCUGACAGGAUCCAGCCAACAUUUGCAGAUGCAUACUCCAACAUGGGCAACACAUUGAAAGAGAUGCAGGAUGUCCAGGGUGCUCUCCAAUGCUACACUCGUGCCAUCCAAAUCAACCCUGCAUUUGCUGAUGCUCAUUCCAAUUUGGCUUCCAUCCACAAGGAUUCAGGAAACAUCCCAGAGGCAAUCCAGUCAUACAGGACAGCAUUGAAGUUGAAGCCAGACUUCCCUGAUGCCUACUGCAACCUGGCCCACUGCCUCCAGAUUGUCUGUGACUGGACAGAGUAUGACAGGCGAAUGGCCAAGCUGGUGGCCAUUGUUGGAGAUCAGCUUGAGCGCCAUCGGCUUCCAUCUGUCCAUCCUCAUCACUCUAUGCUGUAUCCCCUCUCACAUGAGUAUCGCAAAGCAAUUGCUGCUCGACAUGCUUCUCUCUGUCUUGAGAAGAUUCAGGUGCUUCACAAACUACCUUACAAAUAUCCAACUGAGUUGCUACCAGGGAACCGUCUGAAAAUCGGCUAUGUUUCGUCUGACUUUGGAAACCAUCCAACAUCCCACCUGAUGCAGAGCAUUCCUGGCAUGCAUGAUCGGGAUAGGGUUGAGAUCUACUGCUAUGCCUUAAGUCCUGAUGAUGGUACAACCUUCCGGCAGAAGGUGGCCAAAGGCGCAGAUCACUUUGUUGACUUAUCCCAGGUCAUAUGCUGUGGUAAAGCAGCAGAUAGAAUCAAUAUGGAUGGAAUUCACAUCCUUGUCAACAUGAAUGGCUACACCAAGGGAGCUCGAAAUGAGAUCUUUGCUCUCAGACCAGCUCCUAUUCAGGUGAUGUGGCUGGGCUAUCCAGGUACAAGUGGAGCAUCUUACAUGGAUUACUUGAUCACUGAUAGGGUGACUUCACCCUUAGAGUUGGUUAACCAGUACUCUGAAAAGUUGGCUUAUAUGCCAGACACUUUUUUUGUUGGAGACCAUGUGCAGAUGUUCCCCCACCUAAAGGAGAGGAUUGUCUUCGAUUCUAAAGACAACCUGUGUGGGAAACCUGACAUCCCAGACAAUGUGGCUAUCAUCAACACAGCAGAUGUGAAGCCUCUUCUUGAAACCACUGACAUUAAGGAAGUGAAGGCUGUAGUUAUACCUGCCACCACAUCUAAGCCCAUCGAAGUGUCCCUAACAGUGGCACACCUACCCACCACCACCAACAUUGAGGCGAUGAUUUCCACUGGGUUGGUCCAGACAACACUGAAUGGAUUGGUGGUUCAGAAUGGACUAGCCACAAACCAAGUGAACAACAAGGCAGCAACUGGGGAGGAAGUGCCACAGAGCAUUCUUGUGACAACAAGGCAGCAGUAUGGCCUCCCAGAGAGUGCUGUUGUGUUCUGCAACUUCAAUCAGCUCUACAAGAUUGACCCUGCCACCCUCCAGAUGUGGGUCAAUAUCCUGAAGAGGGUUCCCAACUCAGUGAUAUGGCUUUUGAGAUUUCCUGUGGUGGGAGAGGCAAACAUAGUGGCUCAGGCUGCUCAGUAUGGUGUCCCAGCUGGGAGAUUCCUUUUCAGCAAUGUGGCUGCAAAAGAGGAGCACGUGAGAAGAGGCCAGCUGGCUGAUGUCUGCCUGGACACUCCUUUAUGUAAUGGGCAUACAACUGGCAUGGAUGUCCUUUGGGCUGGUACUCCAAUGAUCACUCUCCCUGGAGAAACCUUGGCUUCCCGUGUUGCUGCCUCACAGCUCACCUGUCUUGGUUGCCCAGAAUUGAUUGCCAAGUCUCGACAAGAGUACGAAGACAUUGCCGUUCACCUUGGCACUGAUCGUGAAUACCUGAAGGCAAUUCGACACAAGGUCUGGAAGGCUCGGUCAGAAUCACCCCUCUUCGAUGUGAAGAUCUAUGCGAGCAACCUGGAGAGGUUGUUUCUUCGUAUGUGGGAGAAGCACUCGCGGGGAGAGCAACCUGAUCACAUCACCCACUCUUUGACAAGAACCUCAACCUUGACGACCAGUGUCUGAGCACUAACAGGAAGAUGUGGCUGCUAUGGAUGAAUGCAGCUGGUUAUGAGAGCCAUGGAAACAGAGAAGAAAAAGAUUGCGAUUGUGAUAUUUUGUGAAGCUCACGAGAAGGCAUGUGAUCAUGUCCGGCAUCUGUGUGUAUGCCCUUAUUUUGAUGUCAUUUUUGGCUCGUUUUUGUUGUGAACGUCUUAUGAAAGACAUCCAGAUGGCCAUAGAAGUACGGACAUGAAGUCGCACCAAAUUGCUGCAUUCUUUAGUCCUUAUGCCUCUCACGUUUCUUCAUCAUUGAGCACAGUAUGCUAUAUUGAUGUUUGAAAGAGAGCCUCUUUGCUGCAAAUCCCUCCUGUAGAAAUAAAGGGUGU